GCUAAGGCCUGGCCCUUUUUUGUAAGGAAGCCCGGCCGGCCUCUCGCCGCCCGCCCGUGUUGUAAGUAAGUGACAGGCGUCCGCGGCCCGGGGCUUGUUGGGCCGGCGCGCGUGGGUUGCACCUCCGUACAGCCUGGCGCGCUGCCUCCGGCCGGAGACCCCGCCGUGUCUGUGUGGCGGAUAUGUGUCGCCGUUGCACAGGAGUCUGGAAUGAGUCCCCCGCCGAGGUCUUGGUAGUAUUACUUGAUGGCGCUCUUCCACGUAUCAAUUAUCUCCGUUGUUGGGUGACAGAGUUAGAUUGUCGAAGCCCGUUUUUCCACCUUGUGUGA